CGUGGACGCUAGGCUGAGUGGGGGCGGCCAAACCGGUGUCAGACUCAGUUCGCAAACAGCCGAGGCCGUGCAAGAUUGUGUUUCCGAACGCGACUUACGGGCGGUUACCGAACGUAAAAGAAAUGUCAGUUCACCCCGAUAUUUUUCGGCGGCCUACAUAAAUCCUUCGAUUUUUUGAACAAUAGUGUUUUCGUGCUAAUUAUGGAACAAUGAAACUGUGAAUUUUAAUUGAUUAUUACCGAAUCCCGUCGCGGAGUUUAUGUGAAUUACCAUUUUAUUGCAAAGUUAUCGAUGUUGAAUGUGUUUUAUUAACCCAGUUGCGUACACCGUAACAAAAUAAGUUUGUAAUCGAAAUUCUGUGAAGUCUGUACUGUUUUCUAGUUGGAAAAUGUCCUGUGACUCGGUGUAUUAGUAAAUUAAAGUUGUUGUUAAACGGAUCGUUGGCUGUUGUGACCUUAUUCGAGUGGAUUACGUUUAUACAAUUUAGUUAUGACCUUCUAAAUGAAGGAGUCUUAUCCUGAUGAAAUUAUGCUCUGUUUCGUCCAAGGGUUUGGUGAGAGUGCGCGUGGGUUUAACAAGAACCGUGAGAUUGAUGGCCAUGUGUCAGAGGCUUCUUUAAAGUAUAGGAAGCAGAGCAAAAGAGUAUCACUUCAAGUCGAGAGUGGUGUGGUUGAGGAGUCUUUAGAGUUAGAACCUAAGAAGUCACAGGCGUUAGUGACUGGCAAGUCUUUGAGACUGUCAUCUGGAGGUCGCUUUCCAGAGGUAAAAAGGAGCCUGAGCGACCGAUUCUCAGUCAUCACCGAUGCUGGAGGGAAGAGGCCAGCCAAAGGGCUCUUGACCAUUAGAAAGACUUGGUCAACCGGCAAUUUCGCGGCUGGCGCGGCGGGUGGCGGGUGUGGGGCCCCGCGCUCCGCUCCCGCCACCCCGCUGCAGCUCGAACCACACCCUCGAUCCACUAAGCAUGAUAAACAAGCCAUAAAGCCUUUGUCGGGUUCAGCGCCGUCCGUACGCGCUCCACCGCCUAGUGCGACGGGUACCGGUGAUACGACAGACGGCAAGCAACCAAGCAAGUCACGACAGAAAAAGUUCCAAAGGCACUUUCCUCAAGUAGGGCCUGAAGAGAAGGUGCUCAAUUAUUAUUCAUGUGCCCUAGUCGGCGAUCUGCUAUUGCAAGGUCAUCUGUACAUCACCAAGAACUACUUCGCUUUCUACUCCAAUGUGUUCGGAUAUGUGACCAAGUUACUAAUCCCGAUAAUAUCAGUACUCCGGAUAACGAAGGAGAAGGUGGCCCGUAUAAUCCCGAAUGCAGUGGGUGUUUGCACGCGCGAUGAGAGGCACGUGUUCGGGUCCCUGCUGUCGCGGGAUUCCACCUACAAGCUGAUGAUGCACGUAUGGAAAGCCGCUAGAGCACCUGAACAAGCUGUGCCUAAACCACAGGACCUCCGAGCAUCGGAAGUAGAAUUAGAAGUAUCCGAGUAUUCGCCUGAAGACGACAGUAGUUCUGCGGGCGGAGACCAACCUGAUGCCGCCUCACCGCCUGUCAGACGGGAGUCAGAAGCUAUUAUAGCUGCAGCGGGUGGCGCGGCGGUGAUCCAGCCGGCGCUGCUGACGGGCAGCGCGGGCACGACGCGGACGGCGGGCCGCUGGUGGCGCCCUCUGCUCGCCAUACUCGCCCUCUUCCUCACGUUCACUGCAUGCGUACUUGCUUACAAAUUGUAUCAAGCUUCUUACCAUUCACAGGAGGAUAUAGUAAAAUUAUCGGGCGAGGAGUUAUAUUCCGAGCUAGUGCGAUGGCGAGCGCGGCUGCACGGACGGGCCGCGAACGAACUUCACUCAUUCCUAACCACCAACCUUUUGUUACUUACUAAGGUAAUUUAUUCAGUCAGACAAUCCCUAGAAGCGCUAUCGGGCGUGAUACUAACCGAUAUGGCUCAAUCAGGCACCAUGGACCUCAACAUGGACCUUAAUCUAGACGUGCCCAACGAGACCCUGUUCAGUUAGCGGGCGACCAAUGGGACUGCACACCCAGGUGACCAGGUUAUACAGCAUUGUAAUUAGGCAUGCUUAGGGUUGUCGUACACAUCGGAAAAUAAGUAUACAGAUAGAUGCAUUUAUAAAAUUAUCCGAGAUAUCCGCAAAUUAUUUAUUUAUCCGAGUAUCGACAACCCUGAGUACACUUCAUGCUAUAGUAACGCGCUACUGUCAGCGCUAGGGUUAUCACUGCGUGGAUAUCUCUCCGAGGAAAUUAUUGUAUUUAGUUCGACAGCUGUGCUGCAAUCCGACAAGGAAACGCUUUUCCAUGUCUCAGUGAGACGGAAGUGAUACUAGUUUUUAUUUAUUUAUGCAAUUAUUCUGUUUUAAAGUAGUCGCGGAUACAUCCGCCAUUUUUGGUCUCAAAGAACAAUGAACCUCUGUGAAGCGACAAAGAAAUAUAAUAUGUAUGUUGAAUUUAUUAUAUUGUGAGGGAACGUGUAAUAUAGGUGUCCAAAUAUUUAAGAACUAAUUGUCUAAGUAUAUGACAGUACCCACAAAGUGUAUAGGUAUUAUGUGGUUAUCUAGUGACACAAUUACCCCGUUCUAUGCGCUUAUAACAAUUAUUUAUUAAUAUUGGACCCGAAGUUAUAAUUUUUAUUAUAUAACUAUGCAUUUUAUUCGAAAAGUAAUUGAACGCUCGCUUCAUUGUUGAAUAUGUUUUAUAAACAGUGUAAUCAUGAUAUAUACCAAAUAAUAUUCGCGUCUUCACAUGUCUAUGUUUUAGAUGUUUUUGUAAACGCAUCGUUGUUUUAAUGGAAUCAAGUUCUUAUUAAAUUAUGUUCUUGCUGAAAUAUUUUGCUUUUUGUUUAACUUUUACUAUGUUGCUGAUACUACCGACUAUGAUAAUGUUCAAUCAAAAUGAAUGACUAAAUUGUUAUAUCUAAAGCGUACAAAAGA